AUGAAGCAGCGAAGAACUAAUUCGCUGAAAUUUCGUGAGCAUCAUAGAUGGAAGAGGAAGCUGAUUGUUCUGCUUUUGGUUGGUCUGUGCUUUGUGACGUUGGCAUUCAUGGAGAGACAGUAUUCUCGGAUUACCACUUUGGGUUUCUUGGCUUCUUCUUCUUCUUAUUCUUCUUCGUGGUCUUUAAAGUUAAUCCAGCCGCCAUUUUUAGCGCAGAAGCCCAAGAUUGCAUUUCUGUUUAUUGCAAGAAAUCGGCUUCCGUUGGACAUGGUUUGGGAUGCCUUCUUUCAGGGAAAUAAUUUGAAGAAAUUUUCAAUCUAUGUUCACUCGAGACCUGGCUUCCUGUUGAAUAAGGCAACUACCAGAUCAGCAUACUUUCUGGAUCGUCAAGUCAACAAUAGUGUACAGGUAGAUUGGGGAGAAGCAAGCAUGCUUCAGGCCGAACGCGUUUUGCUCAAAAAUGCUCUUGAGGAUCUACAUAAUGAACGCUUUGUUUUUCUUUCAGACAGCUGCAUACCUUUGUACAACUUCAGCUACACAUACGAUUAUAUAAUGUCCUCCCCAGGAAGCUUUGUGGAUAGUUUUGCUGAUACAAAAGAAGGCCGUUACAAUCCGAAAAUGCAUCCCGUCGUUCGUGUUGAAAACUGGAGAAAAGGAUCUCAGUGGGUUGUUCUGACCAGAAAGCACGCAGAUAUUGUUGUGAAGGAUGACAUUGUUUUUCCAGUGUUUCAGCUGCAUUGCAGGAGGAAGUCAUUGCCUGAGUUUUGGCGGGACCGUCCACUCCCUGCAGAAGGAUGGAAGGAGCAUAAUUGUAUACCAGAUGAACACUAUGUUCAGACUCUACUUGCUCAUAAGGGUCUCGAAGGAGAAAUUACAAGGAGGUCAGUAACUCAUACAUCAUGGGAUCUUUCCUCGAAAGACCGUGAACGCCGAGGAUGGCAUCCCGUGACUUACAAACUAGCUGAUGCGACACCCUCUCUCAUUCAAUCGAUCAAGGGUGUAGACAAUAUCUACUAUGAGACUGAAUACAGGAGAGAGUGGUGCACUAGUAAAAAUAGACCUGCUCCCUGCUUCUUGUUCGCGAGGAAGUUCACUCGGCCUGCAGCUUUACGGCUACUUAACUUGUCUGCACUUGGAGUUGUUCCGCGGGCAGCCGAAAAGGACUCAAGUGGUGAUACUCCUGAGGUUGACUAA